AGGAGGAGGAGGGGGCUGAUCGACCGGGACUAGCACCGUGAGAAGCUCUCUGCUGCUUUCGGAAGGAAGGAGGGGAAGCCAGCUUUGGAAAAAAAUAACGUUCAACGGUCUCUGUCAAUUAGCGCCGAUUUAUGUUUUGAACGGCGGGGAUAUGAGAUGUAACGGCUCUGUGACGUGUACAGGAUACAAGGACUAUACGGCGAGCAGUGUCUCAUGUAAUUAACGUUAACUAAUGGUCACUAACAUGGAUGCUGAUGUGCCUCCUCCCCUAGGCCGGCCGGGAAAAGGGGUGUAUUUUGACGGUUUUCUGGCAGCAACACGACUCGUAUCUUUUUGGAAUUAAUUUUUUUUGUUCCUUUUUUUCUCUUCCCUUGUUGAAGUCGGUUUUGUUGUGGGAGCCUCGCUGUGAGCGUUUGUUUGCAAGAUGACAGAGGGGAGGCGAUGUCAGGUCCAUCUCCUGGAUGACAGGAAGUUGGAACUUCUUGUUCAGCCCAAGCUGAUGGCUAAAGACCUGCUGGACCUCGUGGCCUCUCACUUUAACCUCAAGGAGAAGGAGUACUUUGGAAUUGCAUACACAGAUGAAACGGGCCAUUUUAGUUGGCUGCAGUUGGACCGCAGGGUAUUAGAACACGAGUUUCCCAAGAAGUCUGGUCCCAUCGUACUCUACUUCUGUGUCAGGUUCUACAUCGAGAGUAUAUCCUAUCUGAAGGACAAUGCCACGAUUGAGUUGUUUUUUCUUAAUGCCAAGUCCAUAAUCUACAAGGAGCUCAUUGAAGUGGACAGUGAUGUCGUCUUUGAGCUGGCUUCCUAUAUUCUCCAAGAGGCUAAAGGUGAUUUCACCAGUAAUGAUGCAACCAGGUCUGACCUAAAAAAGCUGCCUGCUCUGCCCACCCAGGCCCUAAAGGAGCACCCAUCUCUGGCCUACUGUGAAGACCGGGUCAUAGAACACUACAAGAAGCUUAAUGGGCAGUCCAGAGGACAAGCUAUUGUAAAUUAUAUGAGCAUUGUGGAGUCCCUGCCCACAUAUGGAGUACAUUACUAUGCUGUUAAGGACAAGCAGGGGAUCCCAUGGUGGUUGGGUUUGAGCUAUAAAGGCAUCUUUCAGUAUGACCACCAGGACAAAGUUAAACCCAGGAAGGUGUUCCAAUGGAGACAGUUGGAGAACCUCUACUUCAGAGAGAAGAAGUUUUCGGUGGAAGUUCAUGACCCAAGGAGUAGGGCGUCGGUGACCAGAAGGACAUUUGGUCACAGUGGCAUUGCUGUGCAUACGUGGUACGCCUGUCCCGCACUUAUCAAGUCCAUCUGGGCCAUGGCCAUCAGCCAACACCAGUUCUACCUGGAUCGCAAGCAGAGCAAGUCCAAGAUCCAUGCAGCACGGAGUUUGAGUGAGAUUGCCAUAGACCUGACAGAAACAGGAACUCUGAAGACCUCCAAACUUGCCAACAUGGGCAGUAAAGGCAAGAUCAUUAGCGGCAGCAGUGGCAGUCUGCUCUCCUCAGGCUCUCAGGAAUCUGACAGCUCCCAGACUGCUAAGAAGGACAUGCUGGCAGCACUGAGGGCCAGGCAGGAAGCUCUGGAGGAAACGCUAAGACAGAGAAUAGAGGAACUCAAAAGCAUCUGCAUCCGAGAGGCGGAGCUGACUGGAAAGCUUCCUAAAGAAUACCCUUUGGAUCCAGGAGAGGAGCCACCCACAGUGAGAAGGAAGAUCGGUACUGCCUUUAAACUAGACGAGCAGAAAAUUCUUCCAAAGGGAGAGGAAGAAGAACUGGAGCGUUUGGAGCGGGAGUUUGCCAUCCAGUCCCAGAUUACAGAGGCAGCCAGGCGUCUUGCCAGCGAUCCUCAUGUGAGCAGUAAGAAGCUGAAGAAGCAGAGGAAGACGUCUUAUCUGAAUGCACUGAAGAAGCUCCAGGAAAUUGAGAACUCUAUCAAUGAAUACCGAGUCCGCUCUGGCAAGAAGCCUACACAAAGGGCAUCUCUUAUCAUAGAAGAAGCCAAUAUCGGCUCUGAAGACAGCUCAUUGUCUGACGCUCUGGUCUUGGAUGAUGAUGAUUCUCAAGUUACAGGUACCCCCACGUUCUCUCCAGUAGCAUCACCCCACAAGGGUCUCCCUCCUCGACCACCAUCCCACAGUCGGCCUCCUCCACCGCAGUCCCUGGACGGCCUGCGACAUCUGCACUACACACGCUCCGACUACGAUAAAUCACCCAUCAAACCCAAGAUGUGGAGUGAAUCAUCACUGGAUGAGCCUUAUGAAAAAGUUAAAAAACGUUCCUCUCACUCCAGUCACAGGCGUUUCCCAAGCUCUGGAAGUGCAGAAGCAGGGGGAAGUAACUCACUGCAGAGCAGCCCUAUCAGGAGCAUCCCUCACUGGAAUUCUCAGUCCAGUAUGCCAUCGACCCCCGACCUGAAGACCAGAACGCCACACUAUGUACAUUCCACUAGGUCAGUGGACAUCAGUCCCACUCGUCUGCACAGCCUUGCUCAGCACUUUAGGAACCGCAGCUCGAGCCUCGAGUCUCAGGGCAAACUGUUGGUAUCCGAUCCCGAUGCACACCCGCACACUUUGGGCACACUGGGCAGCCCUGACUUCUUCCUGGGCCCAGGUCGUGGUUCAAACGGCUCUGACCCACUGGAUGACUGCUCAUCCUGCACCAGCCAAAGCAGCUCAGAGCAUUACUACCCCGGUGGACCACCUGGCAGCAACCCCAACUACUCCACGCUUGGAGAGGACUCGCCCUCCAAAGCCAGACAGAGACAGAGGCAAAGGCACAGGUCUGCAGGUCACCUGGGUUCUUCAAACUCUGGCUCAAUGCCAAACCUGGCAGCUAAGAACGGCUCUGGUGGAGGCUCAGGUGGAGGUGGGAUGGGAGGAGGACACCAUGGAGUCUAUCUUCACAGUCAGAGCCAGCCCUCCUCUCAAUACCGCAUUAAGGAGUACCCACUGUACGUGGAGGGCAGCCCCAACCCCGUGGUGGUGCGUAGCCUGGAGAGCGAUCAGGAGGGUCACUACAGCGUGAAGGCCCAGUUUAAGACAUCAAGCUCCUACACAGCCGGAGGACUGUACAAAGAGGCCUGGGGAGGGGAGGAGGGUGGGGAGGGAAGUGGCCGGCUAACACCGUCACGCUCUCAGAUCGUACGGACUCCAUCGUUGGGGCGGGAGGGUGGUGGAGGAGGAGGGGGGAGGGCAGCAGUGUCUGAAGAGCUGCGGUGCUGGUACCAGCGGUCGUCAGGGAGCCUGAAGGAGAGGAGUCACUCACAUUCAGGGUCAUCCUCUGAGGCAGGGUCACAGCAAGGCACCCUGGGACAUGGUCGAGGGAGUAGAGUAGGGACACUCGCCAAGGGCUCACCAGCUGCUUCCCCUCACAGCCAGAGGAGUAUGACGCCCUCCAGCGAGCAUGCAGCCACACCCACACCCCCCUGCAGCCCACAGCACAUCCUUAAUUGGCAGAGCGGGUCUUUCAGUGACAGCUGUUUUCUCAGCAGCCCCCUGUGCUCAGAGCUGGCAGAUGUGCAGUGGUACGGACAUGACAAGGCCAAACCUGGAACCCUGGUUUGAGAUCUUCCUGCAGGGCCCAGAAAUGUCCCUUUGCCCUCUCCUACUGCGUCUCCACUGUCCCUCACCACCACUCAUUGACAACUGAACACCUCAUCCUCUAAGCCCCACAAAAACGGCCCACCCUGACCGCACUGGAGGACUGGACAUAAGCCUCCCUCCUCCCUUAAACCCUCUGCCCUCCAUCCAUUUCACCACCUCUUAAUUAAGCCCCUCUAUCACAGCUCAGCUGGACAGGGACACACUCGCUGGGCUCCGGUGAGGGCUGACUUUCACAGAACGGACUGAGAAGUGCCACCUCAGGUGUUUAAGUGAUUCCCUGCAGCACCACAGAGCCCGAUCUUUACUCACUCUCAGCACACAAACAAAUGGGAAAGAGCGUUAGGAAGAGAGAGCACAGAGAAAUAUUAAAGAUACAGCUCAACUGAAACAUCAGCCACUCUAUGAUCUGUUUCAUAGUUCCGCUUUGGCACCUUCUUGAUCUCAUUCACACCACUGCACUGCCACCCAAUCAGAUGAUACCUGCUGGAUUUGAGCCACCAGUUUAAAAGAAAAAUUCAAGGCCCAAACAAACUCUCUUGGAUUCAUUAUUCUCAUUAAUGUUUGUCCUUUUUUGUUAUUUGUCCCUGCAUAUUUAUGAGAAGAUGAAAAAUAAACAUAGCCAUCAUCAGAGAAAUUCAACUCCUCUCAGUUCAACCCACAACCAAAGACAAGGACUGGAUUAACUGGGUGGUCACUCCAGGUUCCACAGGCUGGAGCUCUUCACAGUGAUGGCGUGUGGAUGGUUCACGGGACUCUAUCUGGGAUAUUCAUGAGGACUACAGCAAUAACAAACAGAACACAAACUGGUUUGAAUCUACUGAGUGUAGUGAAGCAGGCACUUUGCCGUGUUCUCUUCCUUGUGAGGUUUAAAGGGUUAUUAAAGCAUCUUAAGAAGAUUUGGAGUUGUUGCUAUUGGGUUUGGCAUUAGAGACUUCAUCAUACAUAUUUAUUUAACUUCAGUGGUCAAGAUCUUCUGCCCACUACAGACUGUUUGGUCACUUUAUAGCCUGAGCAAGGGGGAUUAGUUGAGGUGAAACAUAGCCAUCAAAAACUGUUUUAUUUCUGCCAUCAAACAAGACAUUCUGAUCACAUUUAUUUCUGUUUUACCUCUGAGAGGAGAACACUUUUCACAUCCACUGCAUUUGUUGAAUGAUUUUGCUGAUCAGUGAAAAUUUUGACACUUUCCUCCUCUGGUCUCGGCUCCGUUCCAGUUCUCUCCAUGCUGACUUUGUAUCAGCGUCUGUCGUAGCACUGUGGUUUCUCAUCUUUUUCUCAGAUGCUCUAAAUCUGAACGCUGGCUUGGACACACAUGACAGUCACAACACCUCACAUCAUGGGCAUGCAUGAGCGCAAGUUUUUCAGUGCCAAACAUGUUGGUGCUUUACAUUUGUACUGUAAUUUAUCUCUGAAGCAGAUUCUCUUUCAAGCUUAAAUCCCUUUAAGCAGUAAAUUAACAGAUUUUCCCCAAAGAAAGCACUGAACAGACUACUCUCUGAUUUUAUAGCAAGUGUUGUUGGAAUAAUUCAAACUUUGAGAAGCACAACAUUAACUGGAUGUGGGGCUGUGCCUACAAUAAGAGCAUGCACAUUUAUCAACCUCAAUAUUUUAUUAAUUUGGAGUGCCAGAGUGUAUGAGGGGUAAUCUGGAAAAGCUACAACAGAUAUUGGACACUGGUAGAUACAUAGCCUGUAGUGUCCAAAAGCAAUUACAAGAAGUAAAAACAAAACAUUUCUAACCCCUUUAAAUGGAGAUAUUAAAUUUUCUCAUUCACGCAGUCAAAAAUCAAAGCAGGGUUAGAAGAAGCACAUUUGGUUUUAUAUGAAGGAAGAGCUGCAUGUUUAAGCUGUCCCAGAAUCACUCCCCCUUUUUACCCUUUUACCAGAAUUUGUGUUGUUUAAUUGUAUCAAAGAAUAUGAAUUACUCUGGUUUUAAUUUCACAAAGAUUAUGACUGAUUCUACAUCUCAGAAAUAAAGUUUUCAUCAUGUAUUUACACUAUAUCUGGAUGCGCUGUAUAACAAUCAGUAUGGCAUUUGUACUUCUUGCAUUAAUAAUUCAAUCACAUCACUUGUCUGCCACUUUCUGGUCUAUUUUAGUAAGAGGAAGGUAGACUUACUCCUUGCAUGAGUUGUGCACCAACAGCUGGUCAGAUUUGAUCAGCCUUUACCCAGAAUUCAAACCAAAACUCCUUGGUCAAUAUGUCGUAGGAAAAAUUUCAAUACUGUAUUCAAGUCACGUUUCAGACUGCGAGUUUAUCCUUGCUUUGCGCUGUCAGAGUCUCUGCCCAUGAAGACAUUAUAAUCCCAUGCAUGCCCCACAGACCCACUGACAAAUAAAGACCCCAAAGAUAUUCAGCAUCUGACUUUUAUAAGCACGUCUUUCUCCAUAGUGUCCCCUCGCCCCUCAGACAGUCCUGUUUUAAACUUUGUGGUAAUCUCUGAGCCCAAUGUGAAGAAGUGUGACAUCCCCUCCCUCUGUAGCUCCAAACGUACCAGAUUUUCUGUGCUCCAUAGAAAUGUUUGAGGUUUUUGUAACACACCUAAGAGAACUGAACUAACUCUUUUAUCAGUCUUUACCUGUAUGUACGGAAGGGCACUGUAAGGGUUUUGUGGGGUUUUUAACAUUCACAUUCAUUGUUUUAACAAUGUGUCAUUUUAUAUGAAUGAGUAUUGUUUUUUUUAUUUUGUUCUGACAUUAUAACAACCCUUUCAGGUGCUACAAAAUGACCAGUUACUGCUUUGUCACGUAGGAUCUUUAGACACCUCUUCAUUGAUUUCAACAGAUACAAUACCAGAUGUGCAAAAUGAAGCUUAUUUUAACAGUUUAAUAGUAGAACACUUCCCCUACCAGACAAUAGAGCAUGUAACUUGAUUUUAUCGGUUCUGUUCAACUGUAACAAUACAUUUAAGGUGUUGUAGAAAAAAAUGUGGAAUUGAUUAAAAAAUAACUGAAUUCCACAGUUAAUUUAUUCUUUUUUCUAUUAAAAAUUUGUAUAGUAACUUUACAUUUUUCAAAAGUGUGUUGUUGGAAAUUGACGAUGAAUUUUCAAGAUGAGAAGCCGUGGUGGUUCUUCAGAAUAAGAAAAAUAAAUUAUUGAUGAAUGUUCUCAAGAA